AUGAGUAGAUCUUUAAAAGACGGCCAAUAUGUUGGUAUUGACGAUUCUAAAUUUGGUGAUCCAAGAGGAGUCACAACAGCUAGAGACACCCAAGCUGGAACAACUGUAAUGAUUAAAUGGUUUCAAAUACGAUCAAGGGAGCAACUCGAAGAAGCAAAAGAAGAAGCUGAUAAUUUGAAGUCCUUUGAUCAUCCGAACAUCGUUAAAUUUUUCGAUUAUCUUGGCAAUGUUCGACCCGCUUGGUGGGAAUUCGGUCCUUUAUCAUUCAUUGUUAUGGAGUAUUGCGAUGGUGGAAGUCUAUCCGAUUGGAUUGGAGACAUGGAAAGGAAAAAUAAGCUCCCUACGCGCGAUGAAGUUUUUCAUAUUUCAUCACAGAUAGUUGCUGGCUUACGAUAUUGCCAUAUGCAGAAUAAAGUGCACUUGGAUAUCAAGCCCGCCAAUAUAUUUCUCAAAUCAAACGGAAUGGUUGUGAAGAUUGGAGACUUUGGCAGUGCUUCUGCAGUCAAAUCAGUUGUCAAAACUUCUACGUCAACUAAUGCAGCGCAUGUCAAAAAUACCGAGCUUUAUGCUCCUCCAGAGCUCUUUACUGAGUUUGGCAUCGCAAAGUCAGCAGCAUUGGACAUUUGGGGAUUCGGCCUCGUUCUUCAAGAAUUGAUAACGCUCAAACACGCUUUUUAUCCGGUGAAUGAUCCUCUUUUAAAUCUUUCGAAUCAAAUAAAGUCAAACAUACGUGACGGCAAAAGAACAAAAAUAUUUGAUUUCCGAGAAGAUUUCGCGGAAUUCACCGAUUUUGAAGACCUUUUGAAAAAAUGCUUGAGCUCUGAAAAAAGAGACCGACCGAGAAAUGCUAUUGAACUUGCUUCUGAAAAUAUCUUCCAGCACGUAUUUGCUACAGAUGAGAAUACUGAAGAUAAAACAGUCAGUGAAAAAUUCAUUGAAUUGGAGAAAAAGCUGGAGCGUGAAAAAAUCGAGAAUAGAUCACUUGAAACUUCUAAUCGUAUGUUGAAUGAAGAAAAUUCGAGAUUGAACGACGAGCUUGAAAAAUUAAGAAAAAAAUAUCAAAAGACCGACCUUCAAAAUACGAAAUUUUUCAAAUUGAAAGUGGACUAUGAUGAAAUCAAAGAACAAAACAGAAAACUGAAACGAGAAAACGAAAAACUCCUAGCGAAGCUAUCACAAGCAACAUCUUCAAGAAGCACUGUUGCCUUGUCGACUCCAUCAGUCGUAGUUCAGCCCCAACAACGCCGAGUUGUUACAACUAGAAGAGUUACUUCGCGUGUUAUUCGUAAGCCUUCUUCAAGCUCAUCACGACCAAAUUCAUCUAGUAAUACGUAUACUGUCUGA